ACGUUCUGAAUGGGCGCGCGGGGGUGACUGAGGACAAAAUCGCCCAUUUUUAUCCACCAGUUUCCCCCUUCACUUUAUAAAAAAAGUCGAUUCAGGCGUGAGAAAGCGACUGAGAGAAUCGCCAACUGACGACUUGACGGCCUUCAGACAGACACACACACACAGAGGUGCGGAGUCAGCGGAGUCCUACAGACAUGGGUGGCGGAGGACAGCAAACGGAUGUGAUAACGGGCGGCGGACGAGGAAACGGGGUUUACACCUGGGAAGAGGUCCAGAAACACACUAAGAAGGGUGACCAGUGGCUGGUCAUCGAGCGGAAAGUGUACAACAUCUCUGAAUGGGCGAAAAGACACCCGGGGGGUCUGAGAAUCAUUGGACACUAUGCUGGAGAGGACGCAACGGAUGCUUUCACUGCUUUCCAUCCUGACCUGACCUUUGUGCGUAAGUACCUGAGGCCACUGCUGCUGGGGGAACUGGCCGACACAGAGCCGGGACAGGACCGCGAGAAAAAUGCGAGUGUAGUUCAGGAUUUCCGGGCCUUGCGUGAGAAGGUGGAGAAGAUGGGUCUGUUUAAACCUCAGCCCCUGUUCUUCUUCCUGUAUCUGGGCCACAUUCUGCUCCUGGAGGCCUUGGCUCUGUGGAUGGUCUGGACCUGGGGUACUGGAUGGAUCAACACCUUAGUGGUGUCUGUUCUGCUGGGUACUUCACAGGCCCAGGCUGGCUGGCUGCAGCAUGACUUUGGUCACCUGUCUGUCUUUAAAUCCUCACGCUGGAACCACAUCGUGCACAAAUUUGUCAUCGGCCAUAUCAAGGGUGCCUCUGCUAACUGGUGGAACCACCGUCAUUUCCAACACCACGCCAAACCCAACGUCUUUAACAAAGACCCUGACGUGAACAUGAUCAAGGCGUUUGUGGUCGGCGAGGUGCAGCCAGUGGAGUUUGGGAUCAAAAAGCUGAAGUAUUUGCCCUAUAAUCACCAACACAAGUACUUCUUCCUCAUCGGCCCUCCCCUCCUCAUUCCAGUUUAUUUCCAGAUCCAGAUCUUCCAAACAAUGUGGAAACGGCAUUACUGGGCGGAUUUGGUGUGGUCCAUCAGUUAUUACCUGAGGUACUUCCUCUGCUACAUCCCCUUCUACGGCGUCCUGGGAGCCACACUCCUCUUCAACCUCGUCAGGUUCCUGGAGAGUCACUGGUUUGUGUGGGUCACUCAGAUGAGUCACAUCCCUAUGGACAUAGACUAUGAGAAGCAUAAAGACUGGCUGUCCAUGCAGCUGUAUGCCACCUGUAACAUUGAGCAGUCCUUCUUCAAUGACUGGUUCAGCGGACAUCUCAACUUUCAGAUUGAACAUCAUCUCUUCCCUACCAUGCCCCGUCACAACUACUGGCGUGCAGCUCCUCUGGUGCGUGAGCUCUGUAAGAAACACAACAUCCCGUACGAGGAGAAAACUCUGUGGCGUGCCUUCGCAGACAUCGUCGGGUCUUUGAAGAAGUCUGGAGAACUCUGGCUGGAUGCUUAUCUUCACAAAUAAAACUCAAUCAUCAGUCUGAAACAAGAUAACCAACAACUGUCUAUUUCAAACACCAUAUCUCACUUAACACUCAUAGCCCACCAAUCAGAGCCUUGUAGAUUAAUCCUAGAAUGAAUCACAUGACUGACUCAGGGGGCUAUGAUUGGCUAGUUUCUUUUCUUUUUUUGUUUUUGUCUCAUUAAUUAGGAGUUGAAUUGCUGAUCAUCAGAUGAUCAGUGUGUCUCAUGCUAUAAUGGCCAGUGAAGACUGUCUGUCUAAUUUUCUACUGAUGGCGAUCUUACCAUAGUUCUAAUAUUGGUUCAUUUGGACAGGAAAAAAGGUCCAGUAGAAAUCAGUUUAACAUAGACUCACACUCUGAAUCUACACCAUGUCAGUGUCAAUCAAAUUUCAACACACCACAGGCAGUGCCUUACAAAACACCACCAGAUGUGAAUGUGAAUGUGUGUGCGUGUGUGUGUGUGCGUGUGCAUGCGUGCGUGCGUGCGUGUGUACGCGCGCAAAACAGAUUCUGCUCCUCACUAACUCAGGAUCAGUCAUGCAACACUGCUGUAUUUCUGAAACUACAUCUGACAGACAAUCCAAGAGACACUCAGAGAGUUGUUUGAACAUUUGAACAGGUUUCCUGUUACCGGUCACAUGGUGUAAAUUGAGGUUGUUUGAACAUUUGAACAGGUUUCCUCUGACCAGACUAAAUGAUGGCACAUGGUGUGAAUUGAAGUUGGAGGAAGUGGGCAAUUGGAGGCCUGGUCUUGUCACAUCCAUCUGUCUUUUUGGCUGUAGACCUUAGCUUUACUCAUACACUCAUUUUGGUCCUGGCUGGGUUACUAGAAAUGGCUUUGUUAUGAAAGAGGGAGAGAGAGAGGAGGGGAUGAAGGAGAGAGGGACGAUGAAAGAGAGGAGAUGAGAAAAGAGAAAAGAAGAACUCAGUUUGUCUCUAUCCGACACAAUAAGAAGAAUGAAUACUGCAUGUUUUCCUGGGCUCUGAAAGUGCAUCUUAUUUCUGGUGAUUAUCUCGUAGUGUUUUAGUACUUUCCGCUCUCUGAAGUGUGCAACGGUGACACUGCCAUGUACGCAUUUAAGAGAUGAUGAGAAAAUGAAAAAUUCUUAAAAAUCAAUACUUCCUUCCUGUAACUAAAAGUUGAUGAAUUACCCUCUGUCUAUCUUUAUAAUUUGUUUGUAAUUGAAACUAUGCAUUUGAACUACUAUCAUGUUUGUAAUGGAACCCAACGCAGUGCUGACGAUUUAGAGUUGAGCCACUGGAUUUAGCCGUUUCAAAAGACAAGUCAAGAAUAUUCUGGAGUAUUGUAGGUAUUUGAUGAGAUCUUCUGAUUAAAGGUGAUGUUUUAAUCCAC